AUGGAAGAUAUUUUAAAUAUCAUUCCGUAUAAUAAUCGCUAUGCAAAGUCAUAUUUAUCUCUUGCCAAAUUCAUAUCUGAUGAUUAUCAUGUGGAAGAUGUCAAACAAAUUGCACCUAUCUCUAACUACCUGUUUUAUAAAGAAUAUGGAAUUAAAUUAAACAAAUCUGAUGCUUUUGAAAAAAUUAAAUCAGAAAACCUCAAUAUUCAUACAGAUAAUACAAUUUACAAGGCAAUUAUGUAUAACGACAAAGAAACAUUCAUCUCAUUCACAGAAAAAGAAGGAUUUGAUAAAGAUCAAAUACUUAACAACAGUUUGUAUCCAUUAUUGAUGCAUGAUUUUUUGGGAUAUUCAUUACUUGAAUUAUGUUGUUACCUUGGAGCAGUUGAUUGCUUCAAGUUUUUAAGAACGAAAUUUAACUCAUUAAUUACUGAUACAUGUCAAGAAUUUUCAUUUUUGGGAGGAAAUCAAGAGAUCAUGAAUGAAUGUUUGAAAAUUAAAGAACCAAAUUAUCAAUGCAUGAAAUAUGCAACCAUUUCACACAACAUUGAUUUUGUUACAUUCUUGGUGAAUGAAUACGGUUUUAAAAUCGAUUUAAUUUGUUGUGGAUUGUAUAAUAAUCUUGAAUCAUUUUUAGUUUAUUUCGAUCAAACUAAUGAUGUUAACAGAUGUUUUGUUUAUUCGACGUUGUUUGAACUUCCAUCUCUUUGUGAAUAUUUCCUAUCACUUGGUGCAAAUAUCAAUAUAAUGGGAGAAUUUGGAACAGGUCUUCACAUUGCAGCACGGUAUAAUUGUGUAGAGAUAGCUGAAUUUUUAAUAUCGCACGGUGCAAAAAUCAAUAAAAAGAAAUCUGAAGGAGGCACACCUCUCCAUUAUGCCGCACAAUAUAAUAACAAAGAAAUAGCCGAAUUUCUAAUCUCCCAUGGUGCAAACAUCAAUAAAAAGGAUGAUUUAGGGAGAACCGCUCUUCAUGAUGCAGCACGGUUUAAUAGUAAAGAAAUGGCUGAACUUCUUAUUUCACAUGGUUUAAAUAUCAACGAAAAAGAUGAACAUGGACAAACUCCUCUUCAUGAUGCAGUACUGAAUAAUAGUAAAGAAACUGCCGAAUUUCUUCUUUCACAUGGCGCAAAUAUCAACGAAAAAUAUGAUGAAGGGAGAACUGUUCUUCAUGAUGCAGUAAUGAAUAAUAGCAAAGAAAUGGCUGAACUUCUUAUUUCACAUGGUGUAAAUAUCAAUGAAAAAGAUAUAUAUGGAUAUACCCCUCUUCAUGAUUCAGUAAAAAAGAAUAACUUUGAAAUGACCGAACUUCUUGUUUCACAUGGUGUAAAUAUCAAUGAAAAGGAUAAACAUGGAAAAACCCCUCUUCAAUAUGCAUUAAAAAUUAAUCAUAAUAUUGCUGAACUUCUUAUUUCACAUGGUGCAAAUAUUAAGAAUGCACCCAAAUGUGUGUUAAUUUGA